CUUUUGUCGCUGAGCAAAAGGUGGCGUUUUAUAGGCACAUAAGACAAACACACAAACAAAAUUGUUUUUGAUGUUUACCGCGUUCUACGGUCGAUAAGAUUUAUUUCCAAACCCUACCAAGUGUUUAAUCCAAUUACUCGAACAAAAUAUCGAGUAUUUCAGUCAUUGUACAGCAUUCAUGGAUUUCGUCAACGUAAUCAAAAGUAGGGAUGGUUCCAAAAUCCAACAAAUUUUGGAAGAAUUCAUCACUCAAAAUGCCAAAUCUUUCACAUUCCAGUCUAUGGACACAUGCAGUAUCCAAACAGAAGUGUGGAAUUCACUUUUCGAGUUAUUAAAAGAUGAAGAGUUCUCUAGUUGCCACUCUCAUUGUUUACAAAUGCUUAAAAUAUUAAGUCGGGACCAGCAACACCUUGACAAAAUUGUGACAGAUUCUUUUAUUAAUCUAUUAGUUGAGAAAGCAAAUCUCAGUCUUCAGAAAUCAACUAACCUACCAGAACAGUUUGUUGGGAUAUUGGAAGCCCAAAAAUGUAUUUUCAACCUGGUUUUUAGUCAUCUUAAGUCAAGAACACUUGUUUCUGAGACUUCUAUAGCUGAAGCCAUCCUCUUGAGAUUAUCUGUAGAAAAAUCAUCUAAUAUCCCACAUGAUGUUCUUUUAUUUGAUUUAAAAAUUCUUUUUCUUCUUACUGCUCUGUGCAGUGAUUGCCGACCAACUCUACGAUAUUCGUUACACGGAAUCAAGCAUCUGACAAAAUACUUGGAACAGUGUUGCACGGUCCAUGGACUAGAUCACUUGGAUGGUAACACAGCAGAACUUUGCUGUGAAUGUUUGAAAAUCAUUUUCAACUUGUUACUUUCAAAUGAAAAAUCCAUUGAUUUGCCGAACGAGGAUUACGAUGAUUUGCAACUACAGCGGGAUUUGAUGAAAAUUAUCCGCCAGUUUCUGUUAGCCAAUUCGAAUGCAUUGGCUAAGAAAGAGGAAUUGAAAAGUCAUGCCAUAAAUUUGCUUACAAGCAUGUCAUUUGAAAGUUAUGAAGACCUAAUUCCUGCUUGUGCCAAUUCAGAAGAUUGCUUCCAAGGUUGUGAUAUCACUGCUUUGGUAGUUUUGCUGGAAUUUUUGGAAGAACGCCUUGGAAAACCGAUUCGGGUCUUGCAAGAAGAGCUUCUUCCCGUUCUUUCAGUACUGAUUCAGUUUUCAAGAACAAACAGAAUUGCUCGUAAAUUUAUACGCUCUCGUGUUCUUCCUCCGCUUCGUGACGUCAUGCACCGACCAGAGGAGGGUGACACAAUACGAAGCAAACUAUGUCGACUGAUGACGUCAAGUAGCACGCAAGUAGAGUUUCUAGUGGCAGAAUUCCUCUUCGUUCUCUGCAAAGAAAAUGUAAGCAGAUUGAUUAAAUACACCGGUUACGGCAACGCAGCUGGUCUCCUGGCUCAUCGAGGAUUAAUGAUGGGACAUCCACCGUCUCAUGUUUCGGCUUAUUCUUCCGACUCGGAAGAUUCCGGAACUGAAGAAUACAAGCAAGUGGAACACAGUAUUAAUCCUGUUACCGGCUCGUACGAACCACAACGUCCCAACCCACUCGAAAACAUGUCGGAAGAACAGAAGGAAUAUGAGGCUGUCAAGUUGGUGAAUAUGAUCGACCAAUUGCAAAGAAAAGGAAUCAUUCAGCCGGCUCGAGUUGGCGAAGACGGUAAACCUCGGGCCAUCGAGCAUGUAAUGGAACUUCAGAAAGAUUAAACCAUUAAUUUAUUACAUUCUCUGUACUUGAUUGAGAAAGGUCAUAAUACAAAAAAAAAAAUCACAUUG